CAUCGAUGCGCGAGGACGUCUCACGGACGCCCGCGUCGACGGUCGGGUUUACGAAAAUGAAUUCGAAAUUUGAACUAGCCAAUCAUGUUUUUGAAUUUAGAAAUAUUUGGAAAUUUGAACGUGUGGAAUUUGUUUUGAAUAUAUUCGAAGUUUGCAAGUUUGUUGCACUUUGCGGAGGUUUUUAACUUUCUGUAUCUGUGAACGUGGAAGAAGCCAAAGUGAAGUGAAAUAUGUAAAUGCUCAUUUAAAAGACUGAACUGUGAAAUGUAUGUGAUACGAGCUAAUGUAGACGCGGUGGUUAGUGAUCAAACACUGUUUUAUUAAGAUGGAUGUUAUGAGCAAUAUCUCGCUCGAACGGGAGAAGUUUUACGCCUCGCACGACUUCAAGAAUCCGACCGAAUCUCAAGGUUUGGAGGUGGUGUACACAUGGAAGAUGGACUUCAACAAAAGCACAUUGGGGGCGGUCACACUGUUGGUGCCCAAGUCUCCGACGCCGGCGCCGGCUUCCACCACCAUGCCGCUAUGGGCACAUAACUCGUGGGUGUGUCUGUUUGCAGCCAUGCUGGCUGUGGCUAUUGGCGGGAACGCGAUAGUCAUUUGGAUUGUUACAGCUCAUCGGAGAAUGAGGACCGUUACAAACUACUUCCUGGUAAACCUCUCCUUUGCUGAUCUGAUGAUGGCGUCACUCAAUUGCCUCUUCAACUUCAUAUAUAUGUUGCACAGCGACUGGGUGUUCGGUGUUCGGUAUUGCCAACUUAGCAAUUUUAUUGCCAAUGUGACGGUGGCUGCCAGCGUCUUCACUUUGACAGGAAUAUCUUUUGACAGAUACCAAGCGAUCGUCAGACCAAUGCGACCGCGCAUGUCAAAGACCUGUUCCUUGGUUAUGAUAGCUCUCAUCUGGGCAGGAGGCAUGCUUCUAGCUAUACCUUGCCUGCUUUACUCAACAACUAAGGAGUAUAAAUCCAAAGGAACCUUAAAAACAGCGUGUCUGCUCUCAUGGCCUGACGGUUUGCCAGACGUCUCCUAUAUGGAUUUUGUAUACCAAGUUUUGUUCUUCGUAGUAACGUACGCCGUGCCAAUGCUGGGCAUGACCUUCUUCUACUCCGCAAUGGGAAGAGUGCUGUGGGGCUCCAGGUCUAUUGGGGAGCUCACACAGAGGCAAGUGGACUCCAUCCGGUCUAAGAGAAAGGUCGUGAAGAUGUUCAUCUUAGUUAUUGUGAUAUUCGGGAUCUGCUGGCUGCCGUACCAUACUUACUUCAUCUACACACACUUCAACCCGUCCAUCUUGUACAUGAAGUACAUACAACACGUCUACCUGGCCUUCUAUUGGCUGGCCAUGGCCAAUGCUAUGGUCAACCCGAUCAUAUAUUAUUGGAUGAAUGCCAAGUUCCGGACCUACUUCCGCACAGCGAUCUUGUGCCGGUGGCGUGAGGUGUUCCGUCGACGGAAGCGUGCGCCUGAGUCGCCGCCUGAUUGUGUGUCCCAGUCGGGCAGUCGAUCCAGAUCAGGUUUUUACUCGUUAACUAUACGGCUCUACAGGUAUCGAGGAACUCAGAGACUCAAGAGGAAAUGCAAUAGUCGUAUGGCCGCGGUUGUCGUGUCGGAGACCCCCAAACCCCCCAUUGCAGAAACCGCCUUCGCUUGCUAGCUGCCCGCGGUGCCCACACCACACGUACUAUGACGCGUACAUUCACGGGCGAAAAGUGUAAAUAAUCGUGGACUCAGAUAUUGAACUGUAAUUAUAGUGGUUUUAAUAUAAUUUUGAAUCGAGUGUUAGAAAUAUUAAAUUGUAAAUAUUGUUCUUAAAUGUUUUAAGUGAAUUUAGAAAGUGUACAAAUAUUUUAUUGUAAAUAUAAUCGCAAGAAUAUUGAUGUAAAUAAAUGUUUAGGUAUACAUAUAUUGUUGAUCAAAUUUUAGGAAGUGUAAGGUACAUAGUACUUAGGUAUUAUUUAAUUUUUGUUAUAUCGCAUUGAAAUUAUCACAAUAUCAGCAGUGUCAAUGAAUUUGCUUCUUUGAAUAAAUUUGCCAAAUCGAAAAGAAAUGAAUGUAACAGUUGUAAUUCAUAAUAUAUGAUAAAAUUUAAUCAAUAGCAGAAAAAAAUGGGAUGCCUUUGCCCAGCAGUGGGACACAAAUAAAGGCUAAUGAAAAAGCAUUUGAGAAAAAUUUCAACGAACUUUUGUGAUCGUAGUGUAAGAAAAUGAAAUAUAGUGAUAUUUUCAUUAGUUCUUGAAAUUAACGCGUUAAAAACAACUUAAACAAAAUUUGAAAAUAAAAAAAUAGUUUUUCUCAGUAUUUUUGUUAUUACAUAUCUUGCAAACAAGUGAUGCGGCUAUAUUUUGUUUGCAGACGUGAACAAAUAUAUAGGUACAAUUAUGUAUCUUAAUUUAAUAGGUAAAUAAAUUUAUUGAUGAUACUGUCUACGGAAUUAAUUCUGAAUUUGCGGCAAGUUUUCGAAGUCAACUAUCUACAAUCAAACCUGUCACCUGAGGGCGAAGUGCAGGUUUGCAUUUUCACCUCUCACCAUCGAAUCGAUUUAAAGUGUAACGCAGCGAACCAAUGACUUCGCAGUGUGGUUGUCGUUGCGUCACAACGGGGCAAUGUGAUUGGUUCGCUGUGUCUCAUUUCGAAUCGAUUCUAUGGUGAGAAGAGAAAUGAAAUGCUAACCCCCACUUCGUCCACUGUAGUUUUGCAACAGUAAUUUUGGAUCUUUAGUCAAAAUUAAAAAAAAAAAAUUGUCGUUGGGUAGACACGGUAAACCUACUAUUGUACAACACUAUUAUACAUAAUUUUGACUAAUGUAUCAUUCGCUUACUUAUACGAUAUCAGACUCAAUAAGUUUCAAAAAUUAAUCACUGUACAUCAACAUCAUCAUUAACAGCCAUUUAAAUGUCCCCACUGCUGGGGCACAGACCUUACCUAUAGAUGGAUAACGACUCGCUGUGCAUAUGAAAACUUUUUCCAUACGAGUAGUAUACUAAAUAUUUCUUGCCAUAAUGUUCGGAUGAGUUUAUUUUGCGUGUGUAAUAAAUAUUGCACCGAAGCAGAAACUUUCUUUUGUGAUGAUGGGGCUAGUGUGCGCCUUAAGAUGAACUUUUGGUUAGUUGGAUGAGAAACUUCUUCGAUGUAAUUCAAUCUUUACUGAACAAACAAGUUUGAUGUUUAGUCCUUGUUGAUGUAGACUUACCUCAAAGCGAAACUGGGUUUAGCUGUAAGCAAGCCGUGAUUAGGAUAAUCGACCGUAAUUGAAAGGAAACAUCGUCUCAAGACCUGCAAUCUUACUUGUAAAAAUCAAUUGUUCAUUCUAAUAUUUUCAAUUUGAAAGUAUUAAUGUUUGUUUGUCGUCUUCUUUCUCGUCAACGGAUAGCAAGUCAACAACUUAUAAUAAAGUUGAUCAAUUAAAGCGACAUUUAUUGUGUUUCAUUUUGUAAAUACGUCUCUACAUUUGAUUUUAUAGAAAGCAACUACCUAUUGUUAUAUUUGUUUAUUAUGGUCAUUGUUAUUUAUCUCAUACAUUGCUUCAAUUACGAGCAGAAAAUACACUUUCGUACAGCAAUUCUGCAGGUCCUUUAUAAAAAAUACAUUUUUGUUUUAUAAAAGGAUGAAUAAAUAUGUCUUUGAACAUAAAUUAAUGUAAUUUAAAAUGCUCAAUUUGUUAUCGCAAAUAAAUUUUGAA